AUGGUGCUCAAAACAUUCUACCUAGUUGGCCGUCCUGGUAGCUCGACCCGUCAGUUAGAGCUUGGCGACUUCAAGGCGCUAGACGAUCUACGUCCAGGGAUUGCAGCGGUCUACAACAUUCUCUGCUCGGCUGAUAUUUGUUUUCACAAUGGGAGUACUCCCCUGGAGAAGGUCGAUGAUCUGCUUGACUGCGAGGCCGUGGGAAUCACGAUUGCGGGCCAUCCGGUAAGAGAACCGCAACAGCCGGUGGGCAUACUAGGAUUUGGCAAUCAUUUCGAGAUCUAUCCGGACCACUUGGGGAAUCACCAGCGACUCUUCAAUAGGUACGGCGCUGUCAUCCGCACAGACAACAUGGGGCGAGUAACCUUUCUGACGAACGAUCCGGACAUCACUGCGCUAGCCUUCCGCGAAGGUGAGUACUUUACCAAGAACCCAUCCGCUCCGGAUCACCCGCUGUUCGGGAUCCGAGAUCAAACAGCCCUCUUCCUCUGCGACACGGACUCUCCAGCAUGGCAGGAGGCACACAAGUUUAUUCCUCCCAGCAUGACGCCCCGGGCAGUCCGUCACUACACCCCGCUGCUGCAACGAUCCGUGGAGAAAGUGUUCAAGGUUCUCGACACGUUCGACGAGACCGGAGAGGCGUUCAAUGUUUAUCAGAUAACCUCAAAGCUGGCAUCGCAGGUCAUCUGCCAGUUGGUGCUAGGCGUGGACCUGCACCAUUUCGACGCCGUGGACAGUCCAACGCAUCGCAUCAUUGUCCUGCUCCAGCGGUAUCUGACUCUCAAUCGCCGCGUGCAAACCAAAGGCGCCUGGUAUUCCUACCUUCCGUUCGGUAUGUUCACUAAUCUAUACGGGUCCGACAGUGCUCACGCAUUACCUUUUUGCUAA